CGGCGGCAGCUGUGGGAGUCGGGGCGCUGCGUGUGAAAGGUCCCAGACGCGUCUGCGGUUCCGGCCCCGCCACCCUCAGCCUCUCCCACCCUAGUCUCGGUGCCAGGUGCUGAGGGAAGAGACGGCGCUAGCCUCGGGAGCCCCGCACACACCCCUGGCUGCCUCCGACACCGCCCUCCUUCCCUUCGCUGCGGCUGGCCUCGCUCGGUGCUAGGCUACUCUGCGGGAAGGCGGCGUCGGCGGCGACGGCUGCGUGCUGUGGAGAAUCCUGCUGCCCUCCGGCCUUGCUCCUUCGCCUGGCCCUGCGGGGGCCGAGAGAACUCGGCGCCCGCCCUUCCGCUCGCCUUCUUCGUCAGCCGGUUGGAGCAGCGUCGGUCCGGGAGGUCUCUGGGCUGAGGCGGCGGCAGCUCCUCCGGCUCCAUCAUGUCCGCGGGCGGAGACUUCGGGAAUCCGCUGAGGAAAUUCAAGCUGGUGUUCCUAGGAGAGCAGAGCGUUGGAAAAACAUCGUUGAUCACCAGAUUCAUGUAUGACAGUUUUGACAACACUUAUCAGGCAACAAUUGGCAUUGACUUUUUAUCAAAAACCAUGUACUUGGAGGAUCGAACAGUACGAUUGCAAUUAUGGGACACAGCAGGUCAAGAGCGGUUCAGGAGCUUGAUUCCUAGCUACAUUCGUGACUCCACUGUGGCAGUUGUUGUUUAUGAUAUCACAAAUGUUAACUCAUUCCAGCAAACUACAAAAUGGAUUGAUGAUGUCAGAACAGAAAGAGGAAGUGAUGUUAUCAUCAUGCUAGUAGGAAAUAAAACAGAUCUUGCUGACAAGAGGCAAGUUUCAAUUGAGGAAGGAGAGAGGAAAGCCAAAGAACUGAAUGUUAUGUUCAUUGAAACCAGUGCAAAAGCAGGAUACAAUGUAAAGCAGCUCUUCCGACGUGUAGCAGCGGCUUUACCUGGAAUGGAAAGCACACAGGACAGAAGCAGAGAAGACAUGAUUGACAUUAAACUGGAAAAGCCUCAGGAGCAACCAGUUAGUGAAGGAGGCUGUUCCUGCUAAUCCCUCAUGGCAUCUUCAACCCUUCUCCAGAAGCUCACUGCUUUGGCUCCCGUACUCUUUCAUUGACUGCAGUGUGAAUAUUGGCUUGAACCUUUUCCCUUCAGUAAUAACGUAUUGCAAUUCAUCAUUGCUGCCUGUCUCGUGGAGAUAAUCUAUUAGCUUCACAAGCACAAAAAAGUCAGUGUCUUCAUUAUUUAUAUUUUACAAAAAGCCAAAAGAUUCCAGCAUAUUCCAGUGAUAACCUUAAAGAUCAGAUACAUUUUCUUAACAUUUUUCUUUUUUUAAUGUUAUGAUAAUGUACUUUAAAAUGAUGGAAAUCUCAACAAUAUGAGCAUGGCUUGGUUAAGGAGCAGUAUGUUCUCAGCAGCAUUUACCUACCUACUUGAUCUUUCCCUGCUUUUCUCACCUCUCUCUUAUCUGCAUUCCCUAUUCUCACCCUCCCACAAAGCAAACAGGAGGUGGCAAUGCAGCAAACCCAUUGGAAUUAUCUUUCAGUUUUAUAGAUAGCCACUUGCUCUAGGCCAAGAUGUCCAAAAUUAUUCUUGAGCACUGAUAUAAAUUACUUAGACCUUCUUUGAGAUCAAAACUUAGCCAUCAUGGUGGGCAAUGCUUAAAUGAGGAAAGGGUUCUGGUGUGUCCUCAAAAUGAGUCCUAAUGAACAUACUGAGUACUUACAAGUAGAUGAGCAUAAAAUUUAUUUUUGACCAAGACAAAUGACCCUUUCACAUGUACUUUAUUAGACUCUGGGAGAAAAAAAAUAACCAAAUGCUUCAGAACAAGUUUUUAAUAUUUAAUUAUUCAUGAUAAAAUCAGUUCCAAUUAACUCUUUCUCCCAAGGUUUUUAAAAUUGUUGAGAUAGCUAUUGUUUGUUUUAAAACAAAAAACUCCACCUCACCCUUUUGAGCAAUAGAUUUUGCUUGUAUUUUCUUUCUUUUAAAAAAUGCUAUGCAGGCAAGGCAUUGUGAAAAUCAAAUUCCUUUAAGAAACAGUGGAAGAAUUUAAAUUUGAUGACUUGAUCAAAACUAUAACAAAUAGAAAUAAUGAUAUCUAAAGCUUACCCAUAAAAGAACCCUCACAGAAUAGCAAAUAUCCUACUCUGAACAUUUGAAGUCAAAAUUAAAAUGGAAAUAAUUUUCUUGUAAGCCCCUAGAGGCAGAUAAGAACAUUGAAAAGGGAAAGGAGAGAAUGGAAAUAAAAGUCAAUAUUAUGCAGAUUUAUGCCUUAUUUUUUAGCAUUUUUUUAAAUGUUGGGUCUUUCAAGCUGGUUUUGCUUUUUAUUAGAUCUGUAUAGUUUGGUUAAUUAACUAGUGAUUUAGUUUUAUAUUUAAGCUACAAUUAAUCUUUUUCUUUGGUGAUAUUUAUUUCUUUGCCUUUUUUUUUUUUUUUAACUUUGAAUUUUUAGAUGUUUUGGUGAAUCUUUUUAGAGCUUCAUCACCAUGGCAAUAUGCAUUUCCCUUAAAACACUGCAAACAAAUAUACUAGGAGUGCACCCUUUUAAUCUUUACUAGUUAUUGUGAGAUUGCUGUGUAAGUUAAUAAACACAUAUGUAAAUACAUUGUUUGCAGGGAGAAAAUUUCUGAGUUAAAGCUCAGGAAAAGCCUGCUGAAUUUAUGUUGUAAGCAUUACUUAACACAGUAUAAAGAUGAAAAGACAACAAAAAUAACUUCAUACUUCAUCGUCUUCUCAUUGCUACAAAACCCUUAACUCAGAAAACCUUGCUCCCCUCUAUUCCUCUUCCUCCUUCACUUUUCACUUAUUGUCACCUUGUAAUAUUCAGAGAGCACUUGGAUUAUGGAUCUGAAUAGAGAAAUGUUUUCAGGUAAUCAUUAGCCCACAUACCUGUAACUUAUACUCAAAGAUGAGAUGGAGUUGUAAAGUGCUUUUAUAAUACAAUAUUAUUGUUAAAAGCAAGGAUUGACUCUUUUUGUUUUAUUUUGACAUGGCAUGUCCUAAAAUAAAUAUCAAUUCAAUAUGGCA